CCACUGGGAUCCCUAUUCCCAGAACUGCAGAACAGGGGUAGGGGAUGACAGUGUGACCCAGCUGCGACCCCCGCCCCCCCGGUAGCCUCUUGUUCAGUGAGUGCUGUCACCUGCUCAUCCUGACCUGAACCCACACGCCGGACCCGCGUUCCCCUCUUGCGGACCGGCAGGGACGUCCCCUGCUCAAGGUCACCGCGGAAGACGCGGAUGCACGGAGCGCUCCUUUCUGGUGCAUGGCCGGCUCCGUGGCCAUUGGGCUUUGGCGGAGGAUCCAGCUGGCCGCCCCCGGGAAGCGCUUCCUGCACCCCUGGGGACAAGGAGAAAAAGAAGAAGGAGAGUAUCCUGGACUUGUCCAAGUACAUUGACAAGACCAUCAGGGUGAAGUUCCAGGGAGGCCGAGAAGCCAGUGGAAUCCUGAAGGGCUUUGACCCGCUGCUCAACCUCGUGCUGGACGGCACCGUGGAGUACAUGCGAGAUCCCGACGACCAGUACAAGCUCACAGAGGACACGCGGCAGCUGGGCCUGGUGGUGUGCCGGGGCACUUCGGUGGUGCUCAUCUGCCCACAGGAUGGCAUGGAGGCCAUCCCCAACCCCUUCAUCCAGCAGCAGGAGGCCUAGUUUCCCACCCGGCCUGCCACAGGCCCACACCCAGCCACCACAAUCCUUUUUGUACAGUUGAUUUUUUUUCAUU